ACACACACACACACACACACACACACUCUCUCUCUCUGCUGAUUGUUACUCUGUUUUUUCCUGUCAACAUUCGAGUGUUGAGUGGAAGUCUUCACACUCUCAUCCUCCAUCUUGCUUCCAUGAUGAACUGUCUCUCUGACUCCCACCCGGUUACCAUCCUUGACAACCUGUCUCUCUCUGUCUGACCCCCAAACCGUUAACACAAAUCCCUGUCUCUCUGACACCCAUAUGGUUACCAUAACGUCCUGUCACUCUCUCCCUCGCUUUAUGACCCCCAAAUUGGUAACCAUGACGAUCUGUUUCUCUGACUCCCAGCAUGUUACCAUGACAACCUGUCUCUCUCUCUCUCUGUCCCCCAGACGGUUACCAAGAUGACCUGUCUCUCCAGUUGGACAGUAAAAUGGCCCCGGCCCCCACCUACCUGCAGCCCUACAGACCAUCUGACCUGUACCUCCACAAAGGCAGCCUCCUCGACCUCGACACAUACCCAGAAUUCAACUGGGUCUCCUCGUACCCCAAUGGUGAGCUGGACCCUCCGUCAGACCUCCAGGUCUCCAGCCCGGCGUUCUCUGGCCUGCUGCCUCAACACGGUGCCCCGAGCCCAGCUGCAGAGCCAAGCAACAGCCCCUUCCUGCCAGGAGCACCAGGGAACACUCUACUAAUUCCAGACGACAGUGAGCAGAGAUACUCGCACCGAGCUGAUCUUUACGACACCCAGAACCAGCCCUUCUUCUGGGCCGACUACCAGCCGCUCCAAGCCACUUCCUGUCCAUUCCAAGCCCCUUCCUGUCCGCUCCAAGCAACUUCUUGUCCGCUCGAUGCAGGGCCCAGGGAGCAGCACUGCCUCCGUGUGGCCAAACGCAAAAACACACAAAACACACACUUACAGGGGGCCGACCGAGACAGACAUGUUGGGAUGUCAGCCUACCCUGGCUCGGGACCCAUCCAGCUGUGGCAGUUCCUCCUGGAGCUGCUGCUGGACUCAGCGUGCCGCAGCUUCAUCACUUGGACCUGCGACGGGUGGGAGUUCAAGAUGUCUGACCCCUCAGAGGUGGCUAAGCGAUGGGGCCAGUGUAAGAACAAGCCCAAGAUGAACUAG